AUGCAUGGGAGGGAAGGGAUUGUUGUUGGUGUGGUGAGUGAGGUGCGGCUUGAAGGACUUCAGUUCCUCAAUCUUGCGGGGAACCAGUUGGGUGGUUCGUUGACUGUUAAAAGUGCUGAAUCUCUCACAAUUGGCACUGCUGACCUUGUUUUUCCGGUGUUUGCAGAGCUUUCCAAACUGAAGAAGCUCCAGCAAUUGUAUUUAGGGUCAAAUUUUUUCUCUGGUAUGCUGCCUGUAGAGAUAGGUUUGCUAUCAUCUCUUCGUACACUUGAUCUAAGCACUAACAAACUACAGGGGAGCAUACCUCAUUCCUUGGAAAAUUUGCCCUCCCUUGUAAAACUCUCUAUUGGAGAUAAUCACCUUAUAGGAUCCAUCCCGCAAGAGAUAAGUAAGCUUCAAAAUUUGGAGCGUUUGGAUAUCUCCAAUAAUUCCUUAUCAGGGAAAGAGUGCUCUGAAAAUCCUAAGCUUUGUGGUCAUCCAAGGAAAAAGUGCUCUCAGCUCCAACAGGAAGACAAGGAAAAUGAAGAGAAAAUUUCAAGAUGGGUGGGGGACAAGCCUGUGCUCUGUGCUUGCAUUGCCCUGGGGUUUAUAGUUGGUUUUUCGGGUGUACUUUGGUUUCUUUUUCUAAGCAAGAAGUGGAGGUUUGUAUGGUUUAAGGCCAUGGAUGGACCGUUUCAUCGUGUUUUCUGUGGUCAUGAGUGA